CACAAAACAAAUGUUCACUUCUUAAUCGAAUCACACGCUAUGCUUCUCUCUCCUUCAUUUUUCUCCCACUUCUCUUAACCUCACCUCAAUCAAUCUGAUAUAUUCUCCGGUCACCGGCCGUCCGAUUCAUCUCCGGCGAUCUACACAUGAAAAAUUCUCAAAUCAUCACUUUUCUCACCUCUUCUGUAUAUGUACACCUGAGAACUUUCAAAUCAUAAGUUCAAACUAAAAUUGGAUACGAUUUAUGUUUGUUACUUGAAAUUCAAUUUCCGAUUCAUCUCCGGCGUAACACAUAUCUCUCUGUUUUCUGCAGUUUAACCUAAAGUUGAAGUUGAAUACGAUAUAUGUUUGUUACUUAAAUUUCAAUCUAAUCGAUCGUAAGAAGAAUAACUGUUGAGAUGUUAGAUCUUAAUCUGGCGUUUGGAGAUUUGGAAGAAUCCGGAAGCUGGAAUUCAUCUGUAGUGAAUGCGGAUGAGAGCAUCUGGUGCUACAAUUUUGACAUAUUGAAAGUUGGAGAUACUAGUUGUGAGGAUAAUAGGAGUGAGAUAAUGAGUGUGUCCGAGUUGCAGGAAUCGCGGAAGAGUAAUGAGUUGCAGGAGAUAAGAUUGGUGCAAGUACAACAGCAGAAGGUUAAUGUGGUGGGGAAGGGGAACAAGAGUAGGAGGGGACCCAGGUCGAGAAGCUCGCAGUAUAGAGGAGUUACGUUUUAUCGCAGGACUGGUCGAUGGGAGUCUCAUAUCUGGGAUUCUGGGAAGCAAGUUUAUUUAGGGGGAUUUGACGCUGCUCAUGCUGCAGCUAGAGCCUAUGAUCAAGCUGCCAUUAAAUUCCGUGGCGUUGAUGCUGAUAUCAACUUUAAUCUCAGUGAUUACGAGGAGGAUAUGAAGCAGUUGAUGAACUUCUCAAAGGAAGAAUUUGUGCACAUACUAAGACGACAAAGCACUAGAGGGAACUCAAAAUACCGCGGGGUGACAUUGCAUAAAUGUGGCAGAUGGGCGUAUGACAAGGCUGCCAUCGAGUGUAACGGAAGAGAAGCAGUGACCAACUUCGAGACCAGUACUUAUGAUGGAAAGGAACACAAUUUGAAUUUAAGUUUGGCAAUUUCAACCCCUUCGCUUGUAGCGAGUUCAAGUAGAAACGAAAAUUUAGAGCAAGCCCAUUUGAAUUUCAGGCAUGACACCUCGAGAUCACAGCAAUUGGAGAACCCUGUUUCAGCUCUUAAAGGCCCCCCAUCAUGGAGUCAUGUAUACCCUACCUUUGUUCCCAACUAUGAGGGAAGUGCAACAAAUAGCACGGCCACUGCAGGGUCGUCAUAAGGACCACCCUACUGGGGCUGGAAACUGCACGGUCACCACAACCACAUCCCAGCAGCAUCAUCAGGAUUCUCAGCUCCGGCGGCAACUUCUGGCAGCCACCAAUCAAGAGAUACCAUCUCAAUGGCACCUCUUAACAGCCAAUAUUUUCCACUCACAGCCGCCACAAGCUCGUCUCAAUACUAUUACCAGAUAAAGUCCCCGCCGCCACGACCACAUCCACCAUAAUUUUGUCUACACCAACUUUGUUUAUAUCAACUGAUUGUUUUAUAUAGUAAUUGCUAAGGCCGUGGUGCUAAGCAGCAGGACAGCCUCAUAUAUGUGGGUUUAUUUUUAUUUUUUUGCACUGCGAGAAUCGUAUAAUACACUUUUACGCAGUGUUUUGAAUGUGAUACAUAAGGCGGUUAUUAAACGACACACUUUCUCCCA